CCUUGAGCUCUCCCCAUCAAUCCGUCCUGACCUGGAAACCUCCAUUUCAUAUUGCUUCCGAAAGUCUCUCCCCGUUGGGGACUGAAGACUAAACUCUAAGGGAACCCCUCAACUACUGCCCCCCUACUCCUCUUGACGUCCCACCGAUAAUACGUGGUGAUGACCAACAUCUUCAUAUAAGACCCUUUGAUCCACGGUCCUCCUCCUCACCUAACGCUCGCGACCCAUUUCGAUUUUGGCCCCCCGGGUUGUGUUGGAGGUCGAAAGAUGAGGACUUGGUCGUGGGUUUUCGCGGUGGCCCUCGUUCACGCGCUCGCCGGGAGUCUUGGCGCGGAGCAGAGGCCGCACACGGAGCGGAUUUCAGGAAGCGCUGGUGAUGUCCUUGAGGAUAAUCCGGUGGGAAGAUUGAAAGUGUAUGUUUACGAGCUUCCAAGCAAAUACAACAAAAAACUCCUCCAGAAGGACCCUCGAUGCCUCAACCACAUGUUUGCUGCUGAAAUCUAUAUGCAUAGAUUCCUAUUAUCGAGCGCUGUUCGCACUCUUAAUCCCGAGGAAGCAGACUGGUUUUAUACCCCUAUUUACACCACCUGUGAUCUUACACCCACUGGCUUGCCGUUACCCUUCAAAUCUCCUAGAAUGAUGAGAAGUGCGAUCCAACUCAUUUCUUCAAAUUGGCCAUAUUGGAAUCGAACAGAAGGGGCAGAUCAUUUCUUUGUUGUACCACAUGAUUUUGGAGCCUGCUUUCAUUAUCAGGAAGAGAAAGCUAUUGAGCGUGGGAUUCUGUCAUUACACCGGCGUGCUACUUUAGUCCAGACUUUUGGACAGAGGAACCAUGUGUGCUUGAAGGAUGGUUCAAUAACGAUUCCUCCUUAUGCCCCUCCUCAGAAAAUGCAGGCUCACCUGAUUCCUCAAGACACUCCUCGUUCCAUCUUUGUGUACUUCCGUGGCUUAUUCUAUGACGUGAACAAUGACCCUGAAGGUGGCUACUAUGCAAGAGGAGCGAGGGCAGCUGUUUGGGAGAACUUCAAGGACAAUCCGCUCUUUGACAUCUCAACCGACCAUCCGACCACAUACUAUGAAGACAUGCAACGGGCCGUGUUCUGCUUGUGCCCCCUGGGGUGGGCGCCCUGGAGCCCUCGGCUCGUGGAGGCGGUCGUGUUCGGCUGCAUCCCCGUGAUCAUAGCGGACGACAUCGUCUUGCCCUUCGCAGACGCCAUUCCAUGGGAGGAAAUCGGAGUUUUCGUCGCAGAGGAAGACGUCCCCAACUUAGAUACGAUUCUGACAUCUAUUUCUCCGGAAGUGAUCCUGAGAAAGCAGAGGUUGCUCGCAAAUCCUUCGAUGAAACGGGCGAUGCUGUUCCCUCAACCCGCUCAAUCAGGAGAUGCUUUCCACCAGAUACUCAACGGACUGGCUCGCAAGCUGCCGCACCACCGGAGUGUUUACCUGAAGCCUGGCGAAAAGGUCUUGAACUGGACGGCCGGCCCGGUCGGGGAUCUAAAACCAUGGUAACAAGGUCGUCUCUCGUCAGAGCUUUUCGUUUGGUACAUCAUUUUGCAUGGUACAUAAGAUGUAUAGAAUUGAGAGCGAAUCUUCUGUACUUUCUACAAGAAGGAAGAAACUAUACCAAAAAACCGACUCCAUCCUUAGUUAGCGCUCCGACUAGGCUGCCGAUGGUGUCCGAGGCAAAUCAACAAACCAAACUGAUUUGGCCUGAAAUUCUCAAUCUAUCGAUUUGUUGGUUUGGUUUUGAUUUGGAAAAUAGCUAAAUCGGCAACUUUGCUUCAGUUUUAAUUUCGGCAUUCCAUGCUGAACUCGCAACUGAGCCAAACCAUCGGGCGGAUAACGACCUUCAUAUUUUGCUGAUGUAAGUGUCAUAAUUCAUGUUCUUUUGUUCAAAUUA